AUGUCUAUAACCUUCCUCUUUUUCUUAACAAUUUUCAACUUUUCUUUUGAUCAUGGUGCCUUUGCACUUGCAUCAAAACCUCGUGUUUCGGCUCCCUCAUCGAUUGGCAGGUUGCUUCACCCUCAAGGAAUUAGAGCGGCUUACUGGCCUUCGUUCACUGGAUACCCCGCUUCAUCCAUUGACACAUCAUACUUCUCACACAUUUACUACGCGUUUGUCCUACCAUCCCCUACAACAUACGCACUCAACGUCACCUCGGAUGAUGUAGAGAAGCUACUCGAGUUUGCAAAUGCAACGGGUAGUUGGAAUCCGCAUGCCAAGACGGUUUUAUCCAUUGGGGGUGGUGGAGGUGGUGCUUUACCCGGUAUCUUCUCUCAAAUGGCUAGUCAAGCGUGUUCUCGUGCCACUUUUAUUAAUUCUACCAUAAAAAUAGCACGGGAAUAUAACUUUGACGGGGUUGACCUCGAUUGGGAGUUUCCAUCGAAUGAAUCAGAUAUGUCAAACCUAGGUUUGUUGUUUAAGGAAUGGCGUGAAGCACUUGAAUACGAGGCCAAUAUCACCAAAAGGGUCCGUCUCAUAUUGACAUCAGCCGUCUAUUAUGCAUCCAACAUUUCUUUCAAUGGUGGACCCCGAUCAUAUCCGAUUCAAGCAAUAAGUCAAUAUGUUGAUUGGAUUAGCCCAAUGUGUUUCGAUUAUCAUGGUUCUUGGGAAAAUUUCACAGGAUUGCACUCGGCAUUGUAUGACCCAUACACAAAACUUAGCACAGAUUUCGGUAUUGGGUCGUGGAUUCAAGCAGGCGUGCCUCCCAAAAAGAUUGUCAUGGGCCUACCGCUCUAUGGUCGAACAUGGUCGCUCGCGAACCCAAACAUCACCACUGUUGGAGCACCCGCUACCGGCACGGGCCCUGGAAGCGGCCUAUUGGUCUACUCUCAAGUCAUUGAUUUCAAUAGGGACAACAAUGCAACAAUUGUAUUUGAUGACACAAGGAUUUCCUAUUAUUCGUAUGCAGGAGAUUCAUGGGUGUCAUAUGAUGAUAUUGGGUCGAUUAAAUCCAAGGUCCAUUAUGCACGGACUCGGUCCCUAGGUGGGUAUUUCUUUUGGGCCUUGGGCCAGGACUUAGAUUGGGCUAUUUCAAGCACAGCUUCACAAGCAUGGUUAACUUGA